AUGCCGCACAGUAUCCAGAAAGUCUUUUUGACCGGCGCAAAUGGCUUCGUCGCCUGCCAUAUUUUGUCCGAUUUGAUCAAGGCAGGAUAUCUAGUAACCGCGACCGUGAGAUCAAAGACCAAAUCCCAAGAGAUGCUAGAUGCCCAUCCGGAGUGGAAAGAUAUUGUCAGAUUUGUAUAUGUAUCAGACUUCACCGUCCCAGGUGCAUUCGACGAGGCAAUCAAACAGGAGGGAGGCAAAUUGAAUUAUAUUAUUCACACCGCAUCCCCUAUUACCUUUGAUGUUGAGGACAUUCAGAAGGAGAUCAUUGAUCCUGCUGUUCAGGGCACAACGUCACUUUUGAAGAGCGUGCAUGAGUAUGGGGGACCGCAGGUCAAACGGGUCGUGUUGCUUAGCAGUAUUGCUGCGAUCGUGAACCCCAUGGAGGAUACAAGUAUAACAGGAGACCCAUAUAGCGAGAAAGAUUGGGACCCAGUCACUGCGGAAAUGGCUGUUGAGCAGAAAAACCCCCUCUUUGGAUAUUGUGCGGCCAAGACGCUGGCUGAGAAGGCGGCUUGGACGUUCCUCGAGGACAACAAGACUAGCUUCGAUAUGACAGUCAUCAAUCCAGACGUUGUCAUCGGGCCGAUGCUCCAUAGUUUGCCCACGCCCGAGAGAAUAAAUGAGACGAAUAGGAUUACCAUAUACAAUUUCUUGGACGGAACCACUACAGGAGUUGAAGCCUGGGGACUCCCCUUUUAUCACUUUGUCGAUGUACGAGACGUUUCCCGAGCGCAUGUUCUAUCUCUGGACAGCCUCACAACAUCUAAUCAGCGCGUGGCGUUAGUCCAUGGUCUUAUAACUCCCCAGCUCGUGGUAAACAUCAUCCGAAAGAACUUUCCGGAGCUGAAAAGCAAGGUGCCUGAAGGAAACCCCAGCAAAAUCGUGCCAGACGGCAUUGAAUUGUCUCGCUGGAACAAUGAAAAGAGCUACCAGGUGUUUGAAAAGAAUUGGACUUACAGGGACCUAGGGACCAGCGUGGUCGACACCGUGAACAACAUUUUGAAACUCGAAAAGGUAUGGCAGAAAUAA